CACACUCUCGUUACUAUCCCCACACAACAAACAAGCAAAACCAAGAAACUAAAACUAACCCCCGUCAUAAUCAGCAAGAGAAACAUACACAUAAUUUAGUGAGACAGAGACAUGGGGCUGGAAUCAGUGGGAGAUCUAGCUCUGAACAUAAUCUUAACAAAACUUGGUCCAAAAGAGAUAGUAAAAGUAUCAUGUGUCAGUAAAAAGUUCAAGGAUUUAGCUUCAGAGGAAUCUCUCUGGUUAUUAUUUUGUCGUCAAGAUCUUGAUCUUUCUGCUCCUCUUGACCAUCAUGGAAAUCAUCUGCCUUCUUUUAAGGCAACUUAUACAUUAUGGAGAGAAGCCUUUCGAAUGUAUCCUUGGCCCCUUGUAAAGCGAGUUAAAAGUUGUUGGGACAGACUCACGAGCUGGUUGACUGCAAACUUUCCUGAAGUUAAGGCUACCCUAGGAAAGGGUGCAUCAGAAGUUGAAAUUCAAAAGUUGGAAAGAAUUUUGAAAGUUAAGUUGCCUCUUCCCACAAGACUCCUCUAUCGCUUUCAUGAUGGUCAACAUUUCUCAGGCAAAAAUCCGUCAAGUGGCAUGGCUGGUUGUCCAUUGGGCCUGAUAGGUGGCUACUGUUUUUAUAAUCACUCGGUUAAUGUCUACUUAUUAUCACUACGUGAGGUAAUCUCUAAAACACGGGAAAUAGUGCGGCACCUGAACUUACCCGAUACAUCCAAGUAUAUUGUUGUGGCUGCUUCAUCCUCAUACAUUGGAAAGUUUUUCUUCCUGAACUGUUCUGAUGGCCAACUCUAUGUUGGGACCCAGAAUUUUCCAACAGAUGCAGAAAUGAUGCCAUGUGUACCUCAGGCAUUGAUUAGUCCAGUCCAUGAUUUCAACAGUGACCAACAACAGGAUGCUAUGUUGUUAUGGUUAGAAGAACAUGGCCGUCGCUUGCACAAUGGCAUGAUCAAACUUCUCAGCAAAGGAAAUAUUAAAAGCAUCUCUCAGUUUCCAGAAGAAUCUCCUCUCUGUUCAACUGCUGUAACCAGUGGUGUAAAGGUUCGUGCUUCUGCUGUUUUUGUGCCAGAGGCUGCUGAUCUGGAAGAUAUUUCUAGAAAAUACGUGUUUGCUUAUUCAAUCCGCAUGUCCCUUCUACCAGAAGGAUGCAUCAUCAACGGAAUGCACUUCAGCUCUUGCCAACUGCACCUGAGGCACUGGGUCAUCAGUGCUAAUGAUACUGUUGUAUCUAAUAUCAAUGCAGAGGCUGUGAUAGGCAAGAAUCUCAGACUUAACUUGUAUGUUUGCAGUUCCCACUCUUGUUUCCAGGCGAGAAUGAAUUUGUUUAUGAGAGUUGUACACCUCUGCCAACUUCUACUGGCUCUGUUGAAGGUUCUUUCACAUUUGUCCCUGGCAGAUUGGCAGAUCCAAAAGGAAUUCCAUUUAAAGUUGAAGUUGGUCGGUUUCCACUCCAACUGCCGGACUACAUUUUCUGAUGAUCAUCCUCGUGGUUGAAGGUCCUCUAUAAAGAAUACUUCCCUUGUUAAUACAUAUAAUAAAGUUGUGGUGUUUGGGGAAAACCUUGCUACAUUUCCUGGAUUGCCUGUUGUGUGUGAGCCACUGAUUUCCCAUUUACGAGUGCUUUGGUGGAAAUGAACUAUCUUCUUUCAUUCUUUGUUUU